AGACCAAACAUCUCGAUCAUCUUGGAAAGGACAGCCAAAUUAUGUUUCUUUAACUGUAUAGCAAAUGAUUCGUUAGGUACGAACGAUAGUUCUCGAUUUGUUGAUUUAAGGCUGUCAGCUGUUGUAACGCCGCUUCACACGGCGCAUCGCACCACGGGAUACAUGCCAAAGCAUACCACGUGGGGAAGACUCAUUCUUUGACCCUCCGGAUUCACAUGACCGUUUAAUCGACUGUCAUUUUGGAACCUUUGCCUCCAUGUCAUCGGCACUAUCAUAUUGAAGUCUAUCUUGCUUUGGUAGCCGCGAAACGUCGGUCAAAAGCGGCGCUCUAUGGACACUAGACAGCCUUUCGACUCCACGCCUGAUCAUGUGGCAUUUGGGGUCGAAUUUAACCAGGAUGAGACUAUUUUCGCAGUUGGUACCGAGGAUGGCUUCCGACUGUACGAGAGUGCUACGGGUAAAUUGGUGCUCGCGAAAGACCUUGAAGGCUCCGUUAAGUUCGCAUCAGUGCUGUCAUCGUCACGCUAUGUUGCCUUGAUAGGCGGUGGCCCAGCCCCAGCAUACUCACCCAACAAAUUUGUCCUAUGGGAGAGCGAGACGGGAACGGAGCCUUUCAAGAUUGAGUAUAAUAUGAUUCCGAUUCGAGCCUGUUUGACUGAUUCAUAUUACUGUACCGUUUUUGAGAGCGGUGUCGUCCUUUACGAAUUAGAUGCACAUGCUCAUAAUAAUACUGCCGAGCGUCGAGUUGGAAUAUACGAAACUGCGCCGAACUGCUUUGGACUUUGUCAGUUGGGUAGCAGGAAGUUGGUGAUGCCAGGACGUAGCAAGGGUCAAAUUCAGAUCGUGGACCUGGCUACCAAAGCGAUCAGUAUUCUGCCAGCGCAUGAGUCGCCAAUACGGAUGUUCACCAUGAAUAGGGAAGAGUCUAUACUCGCUACUGCGGGCGAGAAGGGCACUCUCAUUAAGUUAUGGUCAACUGAGCAAGAAGCAUUUUUGAUGCAGUUCCGCCGUGGCUUGGAACAGGCGCAAAUAUUCUCUAUCGCUUUCUCACCCUCUGGAGAUCAGAUGGCUGUCACGUCCGACAAAUCUACGAUUCAUGUAUUUGAGAUGCCAUGGAGGGAGCAGUCGGCGGGCGACGAGGUUUCUUACCGCCCAGAUUCUCAUGCAGGCAAGCGACUUUCCUAUCCGUACGGCGGAGGGAACGUACGUGACAUUCCUUCACCUCUGAGCUCGUCACCAGGCGGAGCGUACGGCGGUUCCCCACCCACUCCAGGUAAACACGCAGGAUCUCCAUCGUCUGCCACAAAGGUCAAAUUCAGCACUUCGUCCAGCGAACGUGAACCCACGGAAUUCCUGGGACCAGGUACAGUCCAAGGAUGGCCAGAAAUGCCGCCAAAGCAUCAGCGAACGGCAAGCCGAUGGUCCUAUGCAACGCCCGGCGGUGUGACGGACUCUUCGACGGAUACUGAUACACCUCCGAGGCGUCAAGCACAAAAAUAUGGAAAUUUAGGAAGCCUCCCGCUUGCCCCGCGGUUUCUUAAGGACACGUACAGCACGAUGAGCUGCAAAUUUGAAAUGGGAAACGAGCCAACGAGGCGCAGACAAGGUUCAAAAGACAAAGAACGGGCUGGCGGACAAGAUGAAACAGCAAGCGUGACAACAGUUCGAACCGCGACCACUUUCAGUCGUCAAAAGGAGAAUCCUUGGUGGCCUCAGGGACGUCCGCCGAAGGGGAAAAUAGCGUGGAUAGAUGACGAAAGUCUUGUUGUUGUCAGCGCUGGCCGUGAUGCUAGGUGGGAGAAGUUUGUACUCGGCAUCGAUCACAAUGGACAGAGAGGCAUUGAAAGACGUGGUUGGAAACAGUAUUUGGAGGACGAGGGUGUUGAUUAGAAAUGUAAUUCGCCAUUUCCUGGCUUGCGAAGGCAGUGGAUCUUACAGCCCAAGAGUGCGAGUGAUAUGGCACUGCAUUGCCAAAUGCGCUUGAACACUGAUCAAUAUGUACUGUCACCUCGAACUAUAAACACUCCCUCCU